AUGGUGCACUAUCGUAGUACAAGAGGUGGCGUUCGUGGUCUUAGUUUUGAGCAAGCGGUGCUCACAGGUCUGGCAUCUGAUCGUGGCUUACUUGUGCCUGAAGCCAACGAGUUUCCACCACUACCAGCUGAUGCAUUGGACAAGUGGGCAUUGCUGUCGUACCAGGAGUUGGCUGUAGAGGUUAUGGGUCUUUUCAUUGACGAGAGUGAGAUCUCACGCGCUGAGCUUCAAUCACUUGUAAAUAAGAGUUAUAACUCAACUACAUUUCGUGUAAAGGAGGUGGCGCCCGUUGUGAAAGUCUCGGAUCAGAUGCUAGUGCUUGAGCUUUUCCAUGGUCCAACAUUUGCCUUUAAGGACAUUGCAUUGCAAUUCCUUGGUAAUCUUUUCGAGUUCUUUUUACAGCGUAAAAAUGAGACGCUACCUGUAGGUUCAUCUCCGCAUCAGAUCACGGUUGUGGGUGCUACUUCUGGUGAUACAGGAAGUUCAGCCAUCUAUGGUCUGCGGGGCAAGGAGAAUAUCGAGGUGUUCAUUUUAUUCCCUGAGGGACGUGUGAGUGCUAUACAGCAACGUCAGAUGACUACGGUACUGGAUAAAAAUAUUCACAAUGUUGCUGUCAAGGGCACGUUUGACGACUGUCAAGCCAUUGUCAAGGACCUGUUUGCCAACGCUGAAUUCAAGGCCAAGUAUCAUCUUGGCGCAGUCAACUCGAUUAACUUUGCGCGUAUCUUGGCGCAGAUUGUCUAUUACGUGUGGGCGUACUUCCGGGCUCGUGAGCAAGGCGUGGAAGGUGAGAUUGCAUUUUCUGUUCCCACGGGCAAUUUCGGCGAUAUUCUCGCUGGAUUUUACGCCAAGAAGCUAGGCCUACCCAUUGGAAAGCUGGUGGUGGCCACGAAUGAGAAUGACAUUUUGCAUCGCUUCUUUUCCACGGGCAAGUACCAUCGCCAUGACAUUCAGCACACGAUCUCGCCGUCCAUGGACAUCUGUGUGUCCAGCAACUUUGAGCGCUACCUUUUUGCUUUGUCGGGCGAGAAUCACGAUAUGUUGCGCGAUUGGAUGCAGAGCUUUGAACAAAGUGGAGAGCUUACAAUUUCGGGUGAGUUUCUUGCCAAGGCUCAGGACGAGAUGGCAUCGUAUGCGAUACUCCAGGACGAAGUUUGCUCCACUAUCGCGCAGUACAAGCAGGUGCAGCACUACCUCUUUGACCCGCACAGUGCUAUUGGAGCGGCUGCUGCCAUGCGCUUUGGCAUGGACGCGCUUGCCGAUAAGUCCAUUUUAGCUGUGGUAGUGGUUGGCACUGCCCAUUACGGCAAGUUCCUGCCUGUUGUAUCGAAAGCUCUUGGUGUGAGUGAGGCAGAGAUCGAGCAGCACCCGAUUUUGAAGGCGCUGGAAUCGCUCCCCACUCGGCUCUCAGUCGCCAAUAACUCUAGCGCGACCGUGGCUGAGUAUAUUCGCAAGACCAUCAGCAAGAAACACCAGAAGGCUUGUGGUGAGGGCGAGCGAGUGUGGGCAUCAUCAAUCCCGACGGAGUGCAAGCUGGCCUCUGUAGCGCUUGCUGUGGCGACUAUUGCUGCCGUGUUUUUCGUAACUCGGCGCUCAAAGUAA